AUGGAGCAUACAGAACUGCCGUAUCGAUUAGAAGAGCUUUUGACAAGUCUCUACAGGCUGGAGACAGUUGAACAAAUCAAUUACGUUCAAUAUAUACCCUGCAAAGCUGACGCCCAAUGGAGCAUUCAGGCAGAACUAGCAUUGAGGAAACAAAACUCAAAAGUAUUAACGUCUCUGUUUUCUCGUGAACUGUGGUGUUUUAGCAUCAAUAAUGACCCAAUUCCUAGCCUAGAGCUGAAACAUUUGGGAACUGCUCCAACUCCCGAGAAAAGCGGUCAUUUUACUCCAGAUUAUUCCAAGCCCAAUCUGCCCACCGCAUACGCUGUCUUUUUGAAGGCGCUGCGACGAAUGAUCCACAUAAAUUUAUGUGCAGAAUCGAAACAACAUAUGGUUCCUUUCGGCAAUUCGUGCCUGCUCAAGAGUAACAAGGCUACCGUAUCCAACAAAAUCGUGCAUUUCGAGCCGCAGCUUUUUGACAAUGGCGAUCUGUGUGUCUCGGUGUGCAGUAAAGAAAUGCGUCUACAUCCACUGGACAUAUCGAACGUCACCGAAUCCUACCUUAAAACACACGCUAUCUAUUUGGCACCAUCCGGGAUAAGAGCAUAUUUGGCUUCUUCCGACAUAAAAAACUGCAUCUCGCCAGCUCCGCGAAAUGCAUCCGUUUUACUCAUAACACUGUUGGUUUCGCACGGGAUUGAUCUCACGAAAAAGACAGAUUUGACAUGGGUCCGGAUAUCGCCCAAUUUGGAUCAUCUAAAUGGGUAUACACCAUGUAUCGCCAGCUACCUGGAUGUUCCUAAAAUAACGAAAACAGCUAUAUGGCCAUUGGAAUUGUGCUUUGCCCAGAGUUGCCUAAAUCCACUGUCUCUUCAACAAAAGCCCACAUUCCAGCCAGAUUUGCAGCACACGUUUGACUUGAUCGAUGACUUUAUUCAACUGAAACUCACCUCUGCGUUCAAGACACCCGGAAGCACCUCAGGAGGACCGGGAUCUGGCAUCAUAACCGCUAACAAUGCAUUGAGUACUGGCGGAAUGUAUCCUGAUCAAUACCCCACAUUUCAUAAACACACUCAGAGUGGGAGCUUAGCAGCGCUGGGCAUUUUCAACAAUCCUGCGACUUCCAGACAGUCUCCGAAUAUGUCGCUCACGAACGUCACUCCAGUUAACUCGAGGUCUGCUCCACAGUCAGUUGAGAACAUGAGUUUCGGCUUUUUGACAACUCCCAAUGUGAACGAGAAUAUUGAUGCGAUGAAUGAUGACAUCGACAUGAGUGAUUCUCCUCGCAAACUGACUACGGGUCAGUGGGAUAAAGAAGUUAGAGCGAAUGAUAAAAAUUUUGGCAUGCCAGGAGCGUCAAAUGACGAUAAGUCAACCUCCUCAAUAUCUCGAUCCGAGGAAGACGCCGAUUUAGAGGUGGAGCUUUUUGGAGACCUUAAUGAUGAUGAUAAUGAAGACGAUAACCAAAAGACAAACUCCCCCCCUACUGGUAUUGAUGCGGGUCAUCACAUAAAGGAAAUUACUGAUGAAAUGUUCGAUCUAGCAGACGAUAGUGAUCAAUCGAAAGAAAAAACAGCUAAUCUGAAAGAUCCUUCCCCUUUUAACAUUGGAGAAUCACCGUUCAAGCGGAAGUAUCUGGAUAUACCGCUUGAUGAAAUCACUCUUCCAACAACGCCGCUGUAUACGGAUCCUGGGGCACCACUACCAGUGGAGACCCCGAAGGACCGCAAGAAGAGUGUGUUUGCUCCUCUAAACUUCAAUCCAAUCAUUGAAUCAAAUGUUGAUAACAAAUACAAGAAUGGGGGUAAGUUCUCAUUGGACGGAUCGAAGGUCGAAGAAUCACUUAAAUUCGAUGUUUCCACGGCUAACAUUUCCAGUUCCGAGGACGAUGACUCUGGUAGUGAAAUUGAAGAGUAUGGUGAUCUCAUCAACGCUGCUCCUCCAGCGGCGGAGGAACAUCGUGCAAUUAUAAAUUUUCCGGUCGAGACUCAACCUCCAACUACAAUGGAAAUCUCACAAUCUGACGUUUUCAAAGACUCAGCAGUCCUUCAGCGAUCUGAAAAUGAUACCGGCGAUGGACAAGAUAUACUUUCCAGCAGCUCUGAUACUUGGAAGUAUCCUAAGAGCGGUGCAUUUGAAAACUUCAGUCCGCAAAGAAGUCAUCUGUCGUUAGGUGGCACAAAGAUGGGUCAAUUUACUAGCGCUUAUGAUACUGAUGAUUUACUCAAGCUGACAACUGUGACGCCAUUCUCUGAAAAGUCUAGCAAAUCUCCAGCGACAAAUUACUUGACUGAUAUAAGCGCAGAUGGCUCGGAACAUAAAGAAAACGGCGAAGCGCUUUACAAUGAAUCACCCGCUGCUCCUGAAACACCCAAUAGCUUGCCCUUCCUCUUGAGACAUAUGCCUCUGUUUUCAAUGCCUUCUGUCUUUUUUCACAGAAAUCCUGUGCUUCCCAUGAGGGAAAACAUCAAUCCUUUGCUGGAUCUACUCACCGAUCAAAUUGUUUUUGACAGUGGCCUUUUGAAUGGCAUUAAUUCAGGGCCCACCGCUUACAGUAAGUUCAAAGACUGUUCUGAUGGCGCCAUAAAAAGAACUAUGAAAAACGUUUUCUCAAAAUUCGAGAGGUUAAAUGGUGGAGAGAUUGUUGAAGAGAUAAACUACAUUCCACAGCCUGCCGUGCAUCUAAAAAAGGCAGAUGAAGUGAUUAAAAUGAAGGCUGACGUAGAAUUAUUCUCACCCCAUUUGCGGUUGAGGCCAUAUAGAGGACCCAAGAAUUUUAAGGCGCUCUUCUUAACUACUGAUUUAAAAGAUGACUGUCUAGACUUUCUGUCCACAAUGUCCCAAACCUACUCAAGUGAGGAAUUAGGUUUUUGUGAGUUAGUAAAACUCACGUUCGCUGACACGCCAGGCUUGAUUUACCUUAUUAACUUCGAAAAAGACACGCUGUUGCUUCUCUCCGCUCAGAUCGUCUCCUACUGUUCGACGAAUACUAUCAACAAAAUGCCCGUUCCGUUACUGAUACUCUUACCUUUAUCAGGUAAGUCCAUGGCGGAUGUUGUGACAAUGACGCGCAAGUUCGACUUUCUUGCAAAAGAAGUUACAUCCAAACUUCCGAACGUCAACAUUCUUUUGAAGAUAAUACCAAUGGACUUUUUGAAGAAUCCUCUGGUAUCUGUCGAUGAAUAUUACAACCUUUGUGUUGGAAUCUAUAACAGCGUUCCUCCCAAAAACACGAAGUUCUCCGCUAUAGCAGAGGAAAUCCCCAAAAAAAUCGAAUUUCGUGUGGGCCAGCAGUCCAAUGGACAAAUAUCGCACUUUGACGUCUACAUCCAUCUAGCGUACGCUAGAAGUAUAGACCGAAAUUGGAUGUGCGCGGCUUGGUCGAAUUCUAGUGGCUCUGAAAGUGGUGUUAAGACCUGGUACAUCGGUAAUUCGAACUCUGCAUUUGAGGAAGCCUGUAGCCAGAUGUGGCAAACCACCUCGAAGAUGGUUGCCAAAAAUUACUCUAAGGUCUGCCUGAUUCUUUCUAGAUUUGACAGUGUUCUACCGGAUGAUGAAUUGAUGCAUUGGAGACGACUUUCGUCCACGACUAGAAAUCUGCAUCUUGCAGUGGUUUGUGUUGGAGACGAUACCAAGCUUUCACUAUACGAUGAGGACAGGUUGUAUCCAUCUUUCAAACCAAUACUUGAAAAUGAGAAACUAUCCCAAACUAUCGACACGACAAACCUAGACAAUUACGAAAUUGUCGACAUUCGAAAUGAAGUUCACGGAAUUCUGUUCCAAAACCCACUGCAACUGGCGAACUCGCAACAUAGAUGCGGAAUUCGAACCGGAGCACUGGUAAGGUUCAAAGCUAGUAGCGGUCACAAUGUUCUCGACAAAUUUGAAGUGAAUUUACUAAAUUGUCCCCACUUGGACAGCACAAAGCUGUUGAAAAUUAUCUUGCAGGAAUUCCGGAAUCUUGCCUCGCUCAAUACUUGGUUUGGCAUUUCAGAGACUGAGUACUCUUUCGUUCCUUGGCACGUUGUUGCGGUAAAAAAAAUGCUCAAUGCCGUCGUGCAUCUUAGAGUUCCGGAGGCAAUCUAG